GAAAAAAAAAGACGAGCUGAAAAAGAAAGAGCAAAGUGGUUAAGAUGGGCUUCAGUUGUUGUUGUGUGCUUUAGCUUUCUUCUCCUUCUUCAUCUUUUUUUUUUUUCAAUUUCGGCGUGCUGAAGAAGCCUCGUUAGCGAAUCACAAGUGAUAGAUAGUGAUUGUGGGAGGGGCAAAUCGGUCAUUAUCUUGAACUCUCAUGCCAGAAUCCCACUGCCGUUUCUCAGACACCGGCAGAGUUCCGGCGGUGAUCCGCCGUUUUAUAUUGAGGAAUGGCGUUUCUUUUGAGUGAAUAUUGGGUAGAUCUCUGAUGCAAAGACGGAGACUUUUGAAGUUGUUCGGUGAUUUUUAGAUUUAAAAAAUCAAAUGAAGGCGUUACGGCGAAGCCACACUUCAACAACCUCUUCUGGAAACUCAUCUUCUCCUUCGUUACCUUCUUCCACUUCCUUGCCGUCUUCUUCUUCUACUACUACGUCUUCCACUUCACCUCCUUCCUCUAACUCUUCCUCUUCCUCUUCUUCAUCUUCCUCUUCCUCUUCUUCUUCAUCUUCUUCUACGUCGUGGAUCCAUCUCCGAUCUGUUCUCUUUGUAGCUAAUCUAUCUUCUCCAUCUUCGGUUACUUCUUCCGAUCGAAGCCGGCGGAAAUCACCCUGGUCUCGCCGCAAAAGAAAAUGGCCUUUGACGCCUCAUCAGUGGAGGAGUUUGUUUACACCUGAGGGUAAGCUCCGUGACGGUGGAGUUGGGUUUCUCAAGAGAGUUAGAAGCAGAGGUGUUGAUCCAAGUAUACGUGCAGAAGUGUGGCUCUUCUUACUCGGAGUAUAUGAUUUGAACAGUACUAGUGAAGAACGAGAAGCCGUGAAUACUCAAAAAAGGAAGGAGUAUGAGAAACUACAGAGACGGUGCAAGAUGCUUCUCAAGCGCGGCACCGAUGAUCUUGAGGAGGAAGAAGCAGACGACCAGUGCGUUAGAUUCAUGGAUGAUUACAGGACUCCCGGACCAAUGACGAAUCAAGAUGCGGUCUCUGCUGUGAACACUGAUUCUUCAGACACAGACUCUUGUGAAGACAACGAAGACGUUCAGCUUCUUCCCUCUUUUGUAUACAGCAGCGAUGAGAAAAAACCAGAGGAAGAAAACAAUAAUAGUUCUGGAGAGAACACUUCUCCUUCUCCUUCUCCUGAGAUCCAAGUAGAAGUCACUACUGUACACGAAGAUUUCUCCACGUGGCAACGUAUCAUCCGUCUCGAUGCAUUACGUGCUGACUCCGACUGGGCUACAUACUCUUCUUCUUCUUCUUCCACCGCAAUCACAGAAACUAAAGCUCGCUGUUUAGCUGAGUCCGUAGGUUUAAAAGACUACGAUGAUAACUUAGAAACCUGCAGGCUAUACCACGCUGCACGUCUCGUUGCGAUACUCGAGGCCUACGCUCUCUACGACCCCGAGAUAGGCUACUGCCAAGGGAUGAGCGAUCUCUUAUCACCAAUCCUCGCUGUCAUCUCAGAGGACCACGAGGCCUUCUGGUGCUUCGUUGGUUUCAUGAAGAAAGCUCGGCAUAACUUCAGGCUAGACGAAGCAGGGAUCCAGAGACAGCUCGGUAUCGUGUCGAAAAUCAUCAAAUCCAAAGACUCCCAGCUCUACAAACACUUGGAGAAUCUCCAAGCCGAGGAUUGUAGUUUCGUUUACAGGAUGGUUUUGGUUAUGUUUAGGAGGGAGUUGAGUUUUGAGCAGACGCUUUGUCUGUGGGAAGUGAUGUGGGCUGAUCAGGCUGCCAUUAGAGCUGGAGUUGGGAAGUCGCCGUGGAGUAGAAUCAGGCAGCAAGCGCCUCCCACUGAUGAUCUGUUGCUCUACGCCAUCGCGGCGUUGGUUCUGCGUAGGAAACUGAUCAUACAGAAGUACAGUAGUAUGGAUGAGAUUGUGGAAGAGUGUAAUAGCAUGGCUGGUCAGCUUGAUGUCUGGAAGCUUCUUGAUGAUGCGCAUCACCUUGUCGUCACGCUCCAUGAUAAGAUCGAAACUCUUUCCUCACAGUCUCUCAGUAUUUGAUGGAGAAAGUGUUUUUGUUCAAAGCCAGAAAUGAAGAAGUGCUCUCUACUACACAAAUGGAUUCGUUUUGUCAAAGGUUAAUCACGGUUUGGUUCUUUACCGUUUUAUUUGUCCCUCAGCUUUUCUUUCUUUCUGUUCCAUCAUCACAGAGACAACAUGAUACUACUAUUUAUUUAUCUAUCUAUCGACAAUAUCAUGUUGGGAAAAAAAAAUGUAAGGGAUGAGUUUAAAGCUACUGUCUUUUUCCACAACUGUAUUAUGGAUAAUAUAAGUUCAAUUGUUGUAUCUUA